UCUCUCUCAGCAAUCAGCAACAGGCAUACACACCAUACCUACCACACUCCCUAACUCUAACGGGCGGGCGCGCGAUUGCAGCAUUGCUACAUACCUAUCUGACCUCCACCUUCAGCCACCCCCUCACUCACUUGCCGACCGUUGUUCUCCCCAAAACUCCAGUUAUCCGCGUGCCUGCCUGCCUGAUCGCCCUAUCGCCAGUUGCGCGAAGCUCGGCUUGUGCCCGUCGCUAGCGCCGCGAGCUUUACGAUUCAGCCCUCUAGCUAACGCUCCCCCCCGGGCGCACUGUCUUCAUCGCUUGGUUUCAGCCCGCGCGCCAGUCGUAGUCAAGCGCCCCAGUCGAUCCUGCCGCAACUAUGGGAAGCUACACGUUCAAGUGGGAACAUCCGGCAAGCGAUGUCUACGUGACCGGCACCUUCGACGACUGGGCAAAGAGCGUCCGUCUGGUGCAAAAGAACGGCGUUUUCACAAAGACGGUUGAGCUGCCUAAGAGUGACGAAAAGGUGCUUUAUAAGUUCGUCGUCGACGGUAAUUGGGUGACGAACGGAUCUGCCCCUCAAGAAGACGACGGCCACGGAAUCUACAACAACGUCCUCCACCCCACUGACAUCCAUCCCUCCCACAACCCACACAUCAUGUCCUCCGCCGCCCCCGAAGCUACUACUGCAGAGCUGGCCGGCGAGCAGCCGAAGGAGACGCCCUCCGACAUCCCCGGCGCCUUCCUCGAGACGCCUGCCGACGAGCUGCAGCAAUUUUCUGUCAAUCCCAUCCCCGCUUCUGAAGGUGACUCCAACCCCGUCAAGCUGGCGCCUGGCGAGGAAGUCCCUCACCCUAGCACAAUCAAUGCAAACACUGUCGACUCGACGGUCAAGGACGACGAGGAGCUCAAGGCGCAGGACGCCGAGAAGGAGCAGGCCUUUGGCGUGAGCCCGCUGCCGGGUACCAACACUGCUGGCAACCCUAUCAGCCUGGCUCCCGGCGAGAAGGUGCCUCACCACAGCGAAUACACCACCAAUGACGUCAACAGCAAUGUCACGCUGGACAAGGAGUCAUACGAGAAGGGCGCGUCGCUGCCCCCGCAGCUUGGUCCCGUCGUUACUCCCGACGCGGAGCGCAGCGCCCACAUGUUCGACAUCCCAGGCCUGACCAACAACAUGAUUCCCGAGUCGAGUCUGCCCAUGGGUUCUGCCGCUGGCGCCUCUGCCGCUGACCCUGGCGUUACCGUUCAGUCUUCGCACCCCGAGAGCACUACUGCUGCGCUCGCCGGUCAGGUCCCGAAGGAGCCGCGUGGCGUCCCCCAGGUCGUCUCUGAUAGCCAGGAGGCGGCGCACGUCUCGCCUGAGGCGGCUGCCAACCCCGAGGCUGUGCAGGAAAAGAGUGAGGUUGAGAACGAGCUUUUGAACGAGGUUCCUGAGCAGCCAGCAACCUCUGAGAACAACACUGCUGUUGAGACUGCCUCCGAGGUUGCCGGUGUGGUUGCUGGUGGUCUCGCGACCGCCGGCGUUGCCGCUGCUGGUGCUGCCGCCGUUGCAGGCGAAAAGGCUGCUGAGACUUACCAGCACUCGAUUGCGCCCACGGUGCAACAGGCCAUUGACAACAUGAACGCCGGUGGCCCUGCCGAUAACUUGCAUGAGCUCGCUGAGAAGGCCUCUGAUUCUUCUGCCGAGACUGCUUCCGACGUCCCCAAGCCCGUUGCUGACUCCAUCGCUGAGGCUCACGCCAGCCCCGAAGCCGCUGCCAACCCCGAGGCUGUUUCUGAGAAGAAGGACAUGGAGAGCGAGCUGCUGGACAAGGUCCCCGAGUCCAACGAGACGGGCAAGCCGGCACCUUCCAGCGCCGUCCUUCCCGAGGCUGACGUUCCCGAGGUCGUCGCUGAGUCGAUUGCCCAGGCUCACGCUGACCCUGAGGCUGUCACCAACCCGGAGGCUGUUGCCGACAAGCACAACAUGGAGGAAGAGCUUCUCCACAGCGUGCCGAAGGACAACGCCACCGGUGAGCACGCGCCUGCCAUUGCCGGCACCGAGGCCGUCCCGGAUGUCGUGAAGGAAUCGAUUGCACAGGCCGACCAGCCCGCGGAGGCUGUCACGAACCCCGAGGCUGUUCAGCAGAAGUCGGCUAUGGAGAACGAGCUUGCCCACACCGUCCAGCCGACUGAUGAGAUCGCCGACGUUGCGCCCACCGAGAGCGCCGCGCUUACCGCUACGGCUCCCGAAGCUACCACCCAGUCGACUCACUCUCCCGCUGAUGCUGAUGCGUCUGCCCUGGGCCCCCAGUCCCUCACUGACGGCGAGCCUCUUAAGUCGUCCUCCGAGCCCGAAAUACCUGUUACCACCAUCAGCGUGGCCCCUACUGGUCAGGCGGAGCAUGCUACCGAGCCUCCCGCGACGUCUACUGGCACUGCUGACCCUACCACCGAAGAGAAUGCCGCCAAGACUGGCCUCAACGCUCCGGCUGAGCAGCCUGCUCAGUCCGUGGCUACCGAGGCUGGCCAACUGGCUGCUCAGCCUGACCCCGAGGAGCAGUCCCGCGACGUUAGCCCCAUGAGCAAGCCUCAGACCACCGAGCAGACCGAGCCUACUGUCACGACGGGCACCGGUGAAACCACCGCCCCGGCCACGUCGGGCCCGGACGCUACCACUGAGACCCCUGCCGGUGAGGCUAAGACGGACGGCCCGCCCAAGUCCAGUGGCUCUGCCGAUGGCUCCAAGUCCGAGAGCGACAAGGCCGCUGCUGCGGCUGCCGAGGAAGAGAAGAAGAAGAAGAACACGAACCGGAGGAGCUUCUUCGCCAAGCUGAAGGACAAGUUCACUUCGCACAAGGCUUAAGUUCCCUGGUGAUUUUUGCAGUGGCAUCGAGGAAGUCGAGAAGCUGUAGAUGAAAUCCAACAAUGGAGGGAAUAAUGGCUAAAUCGCGGAGGAUGAUGACGAGACGACUGGGUGGGGGGCAACGAUGAGACGCGAUCCGGUCUCGCUACAUGUCUGAGCGAAUCUGGCCGGUGGGUAACUGAUGGUUGAUGGAUGGUUAGGAGGCU